UGAAAGCAACGCUACUUUGUGUCUCAUUUGCAGGAGCAAAUUGAAGCAAGUGAUGAAUGUGCAACCUGCAUCCACCUUAAAGAGACAAACAAAGUGCUAGCAAGAAAAGUUUUGUCUUUCGAAAAAACUAAAAAAAACAGUAUAAUAAAAUCAGAAGGCUGGAGAUGCGUAUGUACUUACAAUCUUCUUGUGGAACUCACUAAAUAUAAGCUCAAUAUUUGAUAAAUUACUUUUUUAAGAGAAUCACAAUAAUAAAAACUAAUUGAAAAUUUCUAAUUUUAACUUCAUUUAAAUUGUAGGAGGGAAAAGAAGGAAAACAGUGGCAAAGCAAAUGGCUUAGAGAAGUCAGGGUGAAGGCAUGGUCCUGGGUGAUUCACGUGAAUCUGACAUAGAAUGUGAUAUAACGUCAAUAGAAGACUAUGACGAGGGCGAAGAAGGUUCUGAGCUUGACGAACUCUUUGACAGUUCUGAAUAUUCUGAUGUAGAAAAUAAUAAAGGGUAAGUAAUAAAGAACCAUUUCUAUCCGCAGCUGUGAGGGGGGAAGGGGGUCGAAUUACAACUCUUAUUGUUGUCAAUCUCAUAUGUUUUUUAGGCAAAAAGAUCAUUCAAAUGGCAACCAGAGAACAGCUGCAAAAUUCAUCGUUUUCCUUCCAAAACUGCUGCUUCUAUUCAAGACCUGCUUUUCUUGUAAGACAGUCAACCCACAACUUUAUACACGCCAGUUAGGAACAAUGGUUGAAGUUAAAACUGUAUGCUCUAAUCUGUCAUGUAGUCAGGAAAAUUACUGGUCCAAACUUUGGUAACAGCAAUAGACCGGCUGGGAAUACUUUGUUGUGCAUGGCUACCUUGUUUGCUGGUGCUUCCAUUAGCAAGAUAAUAGCAGUUUUUAAUCAUCUUGAAUUGGUGUGCAUAUCUCAUUCUUCAACAAACAAAGGGUGAGUUAUAACAAAAGGUAAACUUUAUACAUUAUUGAUUUGUUUAUAAUUCUUUCAAGUUAGAUUAAAUUAAGAUCUUAUUUCACGUUUCUAUUCGAUAUUCAAUAGAAUUCUAAUUUGAUGUUUGUUUAUGUUCUUUUGUUUCCUAUUUUCUUCUCUGAAAAGCAAACUUUUUUUCUGAUUCUUGUUUCAAAAUCUUCUUGUGUUUCCAAUAAAUUUCACUAAAGUUUAGCAAGCUCAUUAUCAUAAAUCAUCAAAACUGACUGCAUUUCUCAGCAAAUUUAUCAUGAAAAUAAACUUUUCUUUUUUGCAGACCAUGCUGUUCCCAACAAUAAACUUAUUUUGGAAAAAGUACAUUACAAAAAUGAUAAUGGAAAUAAGAGAACAAGAUGAGAUGGUCAUAUCAGGAGAUUGUCGACACGACAGCAUGGGACACAGUGCCAAAUUUUGUGCAGAUAGCAUUUUUUCAAACACAACAUCAAAAGUAGCUCAUUUUGAGAUGGUACAAGUAAUUUUUUGUAAAAAUGUUUAGUUUCUUUGAAAGAGGGUGAUUGAUGAAACUACAAGAUAGAAAACCAUUCCCCAUACCAGCCCCUGGUACCUCUUUGGCAUUGCUUUGUGUUUUAACAAGGGCAUAACAAAUUAGUUUCAGCAUUGGUAAUAUCAAGUUGUGACACCCCAUACAAUACGUUGUUGAAAGCGAUUUGUUUCUCAGUCAUUGUUUUGAGAUUAUUUUUCAAUUCUUCUCCAUAGAGAAAUAAGGCAGGGAACAGUACUGGAAUGGAGAUCCUUGGUUUUAAAAGGGCAAUGGAAUAUUUACAGAAUGAAUCAGUGAAUGUUACCAAACUUAUUUCUGAUGGUCAUUGUUCCAUUGCUAAAGAGGAGUACAGUGAAAAAAGUCAUUUCUUCGAUUUGUGGCAUUUGCAAAAAUGUAAGAAGCAGUUAAAAAUGUACUUUUUCAGGCACAUAUAUAUUGCUCAAUUUUUCAUAAUAAUUUACUGACCCACAAUUUUGGCUGCUUGGGUAAAUGUACAUUAGUGCAAGAUUUACAAAAAGCAUGGUCCAAAACUUGGAGUACUUGAAUCAAAAAGUUUUAUUUCCUUUUAUUAGUAAAAUGAAGAUGAGCCAAUUUUGAGGAGCAGAUCUUGAAAAUCCCUACACUGACACCCUUCUGUGUUGAUUGAUAAAUUGCGUUUCUACUCGGUACUGUUCUUCCUUUCUACUCAGUACUGUUACACUAACUUAAAUUAAUGCCACCGAGUUUUUUCUCACCCAAAUUUUCAAACGCUUGAAAAUUCUUCUUUUUCACCAAUAGAAUUUAACUUUACAUCAUUAGUUUUACUUUACAUCUAAAACAUAGCAAUUUCCAGUUUAUGGUUUUCCUUUGUCAUCAACAAAUAAAGUAUCUAGCUCAUCUUUACUUGUUUCCCUUUCGCCCUCUACAUCCAAGAAACUUUAGAUCCAUAUGGGCUGAAAUAAUACUUCUACUGGCUCUUUAUAAUUCCCAGCAAUUAUUUCUUUCUAACGUUCCAGCAGUUCCAGUUGGACACCGCAAUUUUCAACCCAUGCUCGAUCAGAAUAUCCAAUCCUCUUAUUGUGAUUACCAAUCAAAAAUAUUGUGAACUGUAAAAGCUUCCGUAUAUAUUCAUACAUGGGUUUUAUAAAACGAAAUAAAAAGGGUGUGUAAAUAACACACAACUCUUAUUUGCACGUCUUCUUUAUUUCAUUUUUUUUAACCCAUGGAUGAAUAUUCACUGAAAGCUUCUUAUUCAAAAGCAAAAUCUCCCGAAUAAGAUAUCUACAUAAAAAAUUUUGGUGCCAUUUCACCUACCGACCAGCGAUUUUACUAAGGAUUUUGUGGACCAACUGAUCAACAACCACCUCAUGAUGUAUUUGGGGUGUCACAUGCUCUACGCCCCUGCAAGCUACGCCCCCAACUGCAUGUAAAACUUAACAAAUAAUAAUUCCUGUGAGCGAUAUAAACUGAUCAGUACUUAAAAAAGAAAAUGAAGUGUCCAAGUUUUUAUCUACUGGCGAUUUGGGCUAUUCAAGCAGUCUUACCGUUAAUCCCCGAAUAAGCAAUAAGCAAUUUGCAAAAAUGACUUUUUUGGUGGAGGCUUAUUCGAGCUUAUUCGAGCGUGGGGGCUUAUUCAAGGAUUUACGGUAAUGGUCUAGCUCAUCUUAAUAAGCUUAGCUUUAGCUUAAUAUUUUCAUCUCGUUAACAAUAGUUGUAAAAUCUCGACAUUACACGGGCUUUUUCUCAUUUCAAAGUUGAAAAUGUUUGCUGUGAAAGAUUCCAUUCCAAUCAAGUUCCUUUUUAAAGUUUGAGUUGAUGCAAAUCGUAUGAAUUUUCUUCAGGGUGAAUUCUUUGAAGGUCUACCUCGUAAUUUUGCUCUACACGCCACUUCUGCAUUUUACUUUCUUUCCCGUUCUCCCACAAAUUCUAUUUGAACUUUUAAAUGAUAUCAAGAAAGAUAUUAAGAAAAAGCAUGGUUGUUAUCUAAAAAAGGUGAAUAAAAUUCGAUUCAGAAAAGUGCCUGCAGAAAUUCAGACCAUCAACUUUUGUGCCUGCGAGCGCCGCUCACGCGCAGUGUAGUCACAUGGUAACUGUGCACGUGAAGUAGAUUCGCCUCGCAAGUCGCAAGCGUCUCGCGCGCUCUAAGUAACAUGGCUGCCAGAAGAUUUGCCAUUCCAGAGAUUGAUGAGCAUUUUGAAACCAUCGACCAUACCGCCAUUGGUGACUUGUUUGCACGAGUUCGUAGAGGUCGAUUGGAGCAAAAGGAAAACAAAAGUUGAGUUCUUUCUAAAAACUCCUUCACUUUUAUUUGAUAUAUGUUUUUGGUCUUGAAAUUAUGCGACUGCAAGCGCGGGUUUAGGCCCGGCUGAAUAACUGUUAUCAUCACAUCUUAAACUUUUGGAGCGCUACAAUCUAGCUCUUCUUUGAAACUGGAGAUGGGGAACAAUAAUAACUCGUUGCGUUUCUGUAAAUGGGGAACAAUAACAACUGAAAUAGUGAACCUAAUAAUAGUGAUUUGAAAUACAGUACGUCUUCUAAGUUCCUUAAUGAUUAUUGAACCAUCAGGCUACAAAUUUCCUUAUGAGUUUUUGUCUAUCCUCAUAAUAUUGUAGGUCAUCAGAAGUGGAUGAUCUAAAUGGCUCCCUUCUGAACCUAUCAUUAGAGCCUGACCUUCAGCAAGAGUUGCAAGAAGUGCAAAUUGAUGCCCAUCGCACAGCUCGAAGAACAAACUGCUCUUGCACAGGGAAAUGCAUAAGGAAAUGCCCCUGUGUAAAAGAUUUCAUAAAAUGCAACAGUGCAUGCAAAUGCAUGAAAAAAAGAGCACAAACAAGUUAGAAGAGGUUGCUGUCCAAGAAGCUGAUUUUGGGACAAUGGAGAGUGGGGAUGAUGAAGAUCAGCUUGCUGUUCUUUCAGACCUAGAGCCACUUUCAUCUUCAUGUGAUGAGUCUGAUGGCAAUGAGUCAGAGGCAGCACACACCCUAUGCAAUUGCAAAGGAAGCUGCCAAAGGGGCUGUCCAUGUAAGUCAGCAAAGAACUCUUGCACAGAUGAUUGCAGAUGUGCAAUAAGCAAAUGUAAGCAACGUGGUUCAAUGCACAACAUCAUCCAAAGACGUCAUCCUACACCAGCUGCACAACGAGACAUGGCCUCAGAGCAAGAAAAAAGGUGCCACAACCAUCCACUGUUUGAAAACCAUAUAUUGACAGAACACAACUUGGAAUUAGCCAUGAGGAACAAUAGAGACCAUCUUAAUUUCCCUUUGAUCCAAGCAACAAUGCCUGCUGGCGUUAUACAGCUUACAGGCAAUAUAUCAUGUGGGUGUGGGGCCAUCUUGGGCGGGGAAAUAGAAAAGUGA